CUGUAGUCACUAGUAGGUGUUGGGAACGGGACGCGAGUGUGCCUCACUAAACAUGCAGUAGUGUAGAAGUGUCUAUCUGGAAUAUACCAAACAUCGCCAACAUGUGGAUCAGAUGGCUAGUGAUCAGCUUUGUAGUGGCAGCUAUCAGAGCAGAUGGUUGUGCCAGGAUUCACCGUGAGCUUCGCUAUCCCUGUCGCUGUCAAGAGCUUCAGGAAGGAGAUCUUGGUCUAGACUGUGACAGAGUUGUGUUCCCAGGAGAUUUCCCUGCUCUGCCAUACCGAGCUCCUGUGGUCGCCUUCUCUCAGAGAUGGGUUGGUCAUCAGAACCUUCCGACUCAAGCAUUUGCUCAAGCUGGAUGGCCGCUAAGAGUGCUGGAUUUCUCUGGGAACUCGCUCCGUCGCCUUACAGACAGAUUGUUGCCUAGUCUGCAAGAGUUGCAUCUGGCAGACAACCUGUUGGGAGACAGUCUGAACCCCAUCUUCAGCAGCAGUGAGCUUCAUGGGCUGGAUCAGCUUAGAGUACUCAACUUGGCCGGAAACCAGAUCAAAGGCAUUGAGGAAGGCCUUUUGAAGGGAUGUGACAAUUUAAUGGAGUUGUGGUUGGACCGUAACAGUCUCACAGCAAUCCCAAGUUCAUCUCUCAAUGGACCAAAAUCUUUAAGAGUACUUUCCCUAAGGAAAAAUAGAAUCAGUGCCAUACCAGACAGUGCAUUCAUCUCCCAACAGAGUCUAGAGCGACUGGACCUUAGCAGCAACCGGCUGAGUGUCAUUGAGGGAGGCUCGUUCCGAGGGCUGGACCACUUGCUCAAACUCAAUCUUGGCCACAAUAGACUCAAAAGACUUAACAGUGAUGUGUUUUUGGGAGCAGAAAAUGUUGAUUCAUUAGAUUUGUCAGAUAACUUCCUAACAGAACUUCCGACCGUUGCUGUGAAAGCUUUUGUUGGACUUAGACAUCUUAAUUUAUCUUCCAAUUUGAUCGAGAAGCUAGACGAUACGAACCUUGCAACAGUGGCAGGGCUAGAAUCUCUAGAUCUGAGUAGAAACAACAUUGCCAACAUUGCUCCAGGAACCUUCCUUGGGCUUAGAAAGCUGAGAAACCUGGACCUCAGUGUCAACACUCUCAGAACUGUAGAAGAUGAUGCUUUUGAAGGUUUGGACAACCUGGAGACUUUGUCUUUGCAAGAUAACAACAUUCUACUUGUGCCUGCAAGUGCUCUUGGACGACUUCCAAGGCUUACAGAACUCAAGCUGGACUUUAACAGAGUUGCAGCUCUCUCCAUAGACAUACUGAGAGCUGUGGCUGACCGAGUCACCCAUCUUGGACUCAGUCGAAAUGUUGUUCGAGAACUUCCCAAUGAUGCCUUCCAGGACUUCAAACAAAUGCAGUCUCUUGAUCUCAGUGGAAAUCUACUCUUAACAUUAGAAUCACCAACCUUCUCAGGACUUGAAGAGACUUUGGAAGUCCUCAUAGUGAGAAGCAACCGGAUAUCUUCUCUACCUUUCAAGCCCCUUGCGCUCACUAAUCUCCUACACUUGGAUCUUUCUAACAACUUAAUCAGCGAUGUACCUCGUCCCUCGUUCUCUAUGAUUCCAUCAUUGACUCAUCUCAACAUCAGUCGGAAUCCACAACUAGGGAGUGUACCCUCAACUGCCUUCCAUCCCCUUACAAAACUGGAAGUUCUGGAUUUAUGUCAGACUACCAUAAAGGUCCUUGCUCCAGAAUUGCUGAUGCGAUUAGUUUCAUUAAAAUGGUUAUCUCUGUCGGAUAAUCUAAUACAAGAUAUAACAGAAUCAGUCUUCCAAAAUUUGGCUAACCUCACAUACCUAGAUCUUUCAAAUAAUCACAUCAGUAAUAUAAGGACAGGAUCCUUUUCUCAGGUUACUCAAUUGAGGAAGCUUAACCUUAAGGGAAACCGACUGACCUCAUUCAAAGGUGAAUUGUUUGUCACUCGUAGAAGCAAUGGCACUCUUUUAGAAGAAUUGAAUUUGAAUGACAAUGAAUUGAGUUACUUAUUCCCUUCCUCAUUUCGUGUUCAUCCGAGGCUAAAGUCACUUUCUGCUGCUAGAAAUAAGUUUAAUUUCUUCCCAGCUGAGCUUAUUCUGACUCUAAACUUUUUGCAAGAAGUUGAUCUCAGUUCAAAUUUGCUUAAAGGUCUGGAAGAAUUUGAUUUUGGUAGGUUGCCACGUCUAAGAAUUUUGAAUCUAAAUCAUAAUCAGCUUGAAUCUAUCAGUGAAACUGCCUUCCACAACUCUACUCAACUUCAGAUUAUUGAUUUGGCUGGAAAUAAGCUUGAAAGAUUGGGUGAAAGAACAUUCCAAGGGUUAGGAAGACUGAAACUGCUAAAUCUACGAGACAAUCUUCUUUCUGAGCUGCCUGAAUCAAUUUUCGAAAGAUCUAGGUUGCGUAUGCUUGAAAAUAUUGAUUUGUCCGGGAACCAAUUUGAAACUGCUCCAUUAAAGACAUUACAACGGCAAUAUUUCUUUUUGAUGUCAGUAGAUCUUUCAAGAAAUAAACUUAGAGAAAUUCCACCUGAUGAUAGUAUUAUGGUGAACAUAAAAAAGUUGGACUUAUCAUUCAACCCUUUAUCACAAGAAGCGAUUAAUAACGUGCUUGGAGAACCAAAAACAGUGAGAGAACUCAAUAUGGCAGGUACUGGAAUAAACCAUGUGUCCGUUUUGGAGACUCCAUUCUUACACCAUUUGAAUCUUUCAUAUAAUUCAAUUGCCGAUUUGCCAGAAAAAGUAUUUGAAAGAUCCACAUUACUCGAAGUCCUAGAUCUAUCACAUAACAAAAUAUCAGAUAUCAGUGGUUCUCUGAAUCAAGUUUGGCCCAAGCUCAGGAAUCUUCAAUCUGUUGAUCUAUCUGCCAACCCUUUGAAGAGUAUUGUCCAAGGUGAUUUAGACGAGCUAGAAUCUUUGAGAAAACUAAAAAUAUCCAUGUUAGAAGAGUGCACUCGCUUGGAAAAGAUGGCUUUUCGUAAAUUGGGAGAUCUUGCUGAACUAGAAGCUUACGGAUAUCCUAAGCUGGGAUAUCUAGAUGUAACCGGACUAUUGCAUAGUUUACCAGCUCUUGAAGUUUUAGAUGUGGAGGUAAAAGAUUCUGCUGUAGGAAGUGAUCAACUAUCUGCUGCGAUGAACCCAAGGCUUGCAAGGUUGGGGAUCAGAGGAUCCCGAGUACAGAGUAUCUCCUCAGGGGCUCUUGCUGGCCUUAAAUCUCCUGAAAUAUCUAUCGAGCUGAGAAACACAUCCCUGAACUCUCUCCCACCUGCACUGCUUAUUCCACUGCCGAGAUCAUCUAAAGUCAAGCUAGACAUAACAGGAAGUCAACUCACCACACUUACUCCUCAGUUCCUAUCAGCUUUGGACGAUCGUCGAGGAGAUUUGACCUUGGUAGGACUUUCUACCAACCCAAUUCUUUGUGAUUGUGGUGUCAGAGCACUCAGAAGAUCACCAUUGGCUCACGGUAUAAACUGUUCAUCCCCAGCAAACCUCGCUGGUAGAAUCCUUGUGGAGAUUGCUGAUGACGAACUGACCUGUGAUCCCCACAGACCAACAACUACGAUGCGAGCCCCAAUUACUAUUCUGAAAACUAGUAGAACAACUCCUAGAAUAACAACUGAGCCAGAAAUAAUCUGGUCUCUUCCAUCCACUACGAUGUCUAAUAACAAAAUUUUGGUGACCAACAAGGCACCUAACAUGGUGAUGAAUAAUAUUAAUAAUGAUGAUAAAUUGAUCAUAAGUAUUGUUGGAGGAGUUGUUGCCUUCAUUUUAGUUCUAAUCAUCAUAAUCUGCGUUGUCAGACUGAGGUGGAGUGACAAUCAAUAUAGAGGUGGUCCAUUAGCCACAGUUCCUUCGUUGAUGCAGCCUCACUGCAACAACCCUGCAUGUCCCUGUCCCAAGAUGCCCAUCUACUCAGUCCCCCCUCUCUACGGUCCCAAUCCCGGAUAUGCUGCCACACUUCCCCACAAGAUGGGACCUCCCUCCUCGAUAUCACCAGGUCUAAGGGCAUCAUAUUCCACUUUAGGAAGGGUCCAAAACCAGCCCUUCUACGUCUCUUUUCCUCCAGAUGAAAAAGAAAUGAGUCUAAGGUAACGACUCUCCAACUUUGUUAAUAGACUGUUGAAUAUUUCACUCUAUCCUUCUCUUCAAAGAUGCUUAUCAGAUAAUGUAUAUAGUUCAGUCAUAGCUAUUCUUGAAGUAGUUCUGAAGUGCAUUAUUUAGACGAUAGUGAGAUAAGAAUUUGGAAUGAGUAUUUUUUUCAAUUAGAAAUGAGCAUUUAAGGGGAAAAACAAAACAAACCAUUGCAAAUUAUUCCUUAUUGAAUCCAAAAAAAUUUGAAAAGAAACUAACUUUAAGCUUGAUAAUGAUAUAAAUUAUUACAUUGAUGUUAAGAUGAUAUAGGCCCAUAUUUGAUCUGGUUGGUUGAAAAUGCUUUUUUGAUUUUUUUAAACGGAUAUUUAUGUAACAGAAGCGGGCAUUUAACUUAUUGUGUUUUAUUGUAUUUUGCUCUGGCUCAAUCUUUAGAUGAUUCCCAGUAAUUUUUUUAUCUCAUAAUUGAAUUGAAAAAGCAAUAAUCUACAUACCCCAAUGUGGCUUUAGCUGGGCAUUGUAAAUAGCAUACAUUGUGAGUAUUUGCAGCUGCAGUUUGCUAUCCCUAAAUUCAUUGUAAAAAGACAAAACUGAGAAUAUUCGUUGUAGAAUAUUUUGAGAUUCUAACCAAUAAACAUAUUUUGAUAGUUCCCUUAUCUCAGUGUUGCUGAGAGAGGCUCAAUUAGAACAUUAAAUUACGUCACAUGCGUUUAUGAUCAAGUCACUAUAUCUCAUGUGAACAGGACUUAUUGGCCUUGGUCUUUUGGUAAACUUUUAAGUUAUGAUAUUUAUACUUAUACUUAUACUUCUAUGAACUAGAACUAUAAGGCCGGCCACACCGUAACGGUUGAGUCUAGACAAGGUGAUGUGAAGCAAGUCGGGCAAAAGGUGAGGCAAGUCAAGAUUCCAAAGUUCUAGGCAAUGUGAUGUGAAGUCAGACACCUAUAUAGCAGAAGGCGAGGCAAGUCAAGGUUCCAAAAUUUUGGCGUAGUUUGUAUAAAUCACUUUGUUUUAUAUCGAUGGUCGUUUGUUAAUUACUUCCUGAUAUCACCUUCAACAUUUGACUUUGUACAAGUAUCACAGUUUGGAGGAGAGCCACAGAUGGGGGUUGGAACGGGGGUCUCUUUAACUAAACAAUGUGUGAAAGCUAAUCUAGUGAUUUAAAACAAGAUGUUAGACACUUCAGCUGGGUACUUGACGCAUUUAAUCAAAUGAGUUUUUUGUGUUCUAUAUGAAACCAUAAACCGAGUUUGGUUUUGAAACUAUAUCAACUAAGGUACAGAAUGAUGGAAAUUCGUGCAUGCCCGACGGUCAAUGACUGUUGACAAAGUAAAAUCUUUAAAUGCUUCCCUUUUUGAUGAAAGGCAAUUUUCCGCCCCAUCUCGCCUUGCUUUCCAUGUCGCUCAAGAAGCCUUUAGGCAAAAUCCCUUUCCUCACCUUACCUUGGCUGUUGCAGUGUUUGGCCGGCCUAAUGGUUUGCAAUGUCUGUUUUUGUAAAUAUAAACUAUAUUUAUAUUGUAUCAAUAUAGUUUUAGAGAUUGUACAUACGAUAUUUUGUAUAUUUAUUACAUUGCUGCAACAUGUUUAAAUAUAGUUUUUGUUAUAAAAAAAUAAAAAAAAUCACAUCUUGUGUAGUUACAAAUUUAAGAGAGGAAUAAGAAUAUUUAAGAGAGGAAUAUUUGUUAUGAACUAAACAAUAAGCAGUGAAUUUGUAUUACGUGCACAACACAUAAGCAAGUGAUGAUUAAUGUAGACAAUACAUUUUUAUCCGUGUAAAUACAGUAAAUACAUUACGAUUUAAUGUAUUUACAGUAGUAACAUAUCCAAGGCUAUGUAAAAGGAAACAAUCUUUAAUAGAAAAAUUAUAAAUGUCUAAAUAAAAAGUAUAAAAGAAAUUAAGCAAAACUCAAUAAAAGCCUCAAAAAUGUUUUUGGACUCAAACACAUUUUAUUGCUACUCUACAAUUUGUUGUACAUACUGUUUAUAUUCUUAGAUCUAUAAGAUUUUAUACAAUUUUGUGUUAGUUUUGUUGCACUUAAAAGCUGCGCAUUUUUGGAUGCAAUGACCUUAACACACUACGGAACUUUUGUAAGGGAGGGGAGAAAAAUAUAUAGUAUCCAAAUUUA